AUGUCGUACGUUUUACUCCUCCGUCGAGGAAAAAACACCAAAAUCCUCUGUCGAGGUCCUCUGUCGAGGUUACAAAAUCCUCCGUCGAGGUCCUCCGUCAAGGUUACCAAAAAUCCUCCUUCGAGGUCCUCCGUCGAGGUUAACAAAAUCCUCCGUCAAGGUCCUCCGUCGAGGUUACCAAAAUCCUCCGUCAAGGUCCUCCGUCGAGGUUACCAAAAAUCCUCCGUCGAGGUCCUCCGUCGAGGUUACCAAAAAUCCUCCGUUGAGGUUACCAAAAAUCCUCCGUCGAGGUCCUCCGUCAAACGAGGUCCUCCGUCGAGGUUACACAUAAUCCUCCGUCGAGGCCCCCCGUCAAGGUUACGCAAUCCUCCGUCGAGUUCCUCCGUCGAUUUUAACAACACAUCCUCCGUUAAGGUCCCCCGUCGAGGCUACAAAAUCCUCUGCCGAGGUCCUCCGACAAGACUACAAAAUCCUCCGUCGAGAUCCUCCGUCGAGGUUAUCUGA